GCCAUAUCGCUUAAUUCAUUCCAAACAUCGUGCCAUCUAAAGCCAAAUAACGUGUCUUCUAUCAUAGGAGUCUCAUGCUACGUAAAAUUCAUCAAAAAGGAAAAACAAAGUCCACAGCUUAGAAAACGAUGUUAUUAAAAUAUGGAUUCGCUUUUAUUUUUGGGUGCACAGUUAUGCUAUAUAUUCGUUUCGUUUGAGACAAAAACAUUACUAUAUAAUCAUUGUAAUUGAUUAGUGAUUACAGCUAAUUAAUUCGAAUAUAUCAUCUUAAGCUAAUACAACGAACCAAUGUAUUAACAAUAUAAAUAGAAAUGAUUCUACAAGUUGGAGCUUUAUCAAUCUGUUGGCUAUCGUUUGAGUACUUCUUCUGAUGGAUUAGUUUGGUUCCACGUAAAUGAAAACGAAUAGUUGAUGAGUGGAGAAUUUUUACGCUCUUGUACAUAAGAUGUGUUUAACUUUUAUAUUUUAAUAGGAUUUAGAAAUGAUUCACGUGUUUUGAGUUAUUCUCUUACUCGUCACUACCAACAACACUAGUAGCCAAUCAGCUGCAUAACAUUGUAGUAAUAAUUCGAGACUAGCUAACUUCAUGCAUUCUUCUUCCCCCUAUUUUAAGGGACUAUGAUUUAAUCAAUGAUUAAAAUCGGCUGGCGAUGAUUAGAUAUUUCAUAAGCGAUUAGUGUAUAGGCAGGCGACAAGGCAUGUUUAGACUGAUUUUCUAAAAAUUGUUUUAGAAAAAAUGUUUUGUUUAUGACGUAUUUGCCAAAUGUACCGUCCAAAACCGAUUUUUAGAACAUUAUAUUUAACUGUUACUACUUACUAGAAGAAACGCCACAAGAAGAUUUAGCAACCGAUUCAUAAGCAUAGCCUAGAAAGUGAAAUUUAGCUUUACUUUUUCUUUUGUAAAAGUAAUUUAGCUUUACUUGCAGUUCUCAAUCUCAUUAUUCAUAAAUAAUGCUAAUUGUUUUUGUUAUCUUCUUGAUAUAUUGGUUACGUACAAGUUACGACCCAUCUUAUAUAUACCCCUAUUACGAAUUUCAAGACCAAAAAAUCAACUUCCAAUUCUAAAACUAUGUUCCGUUUUUACAUGCUAAUCUUACAGCUAAAAGAAUUGCAGUUUAUAGGUGAAAGAUUACCAAAGAAGAUUAGGAUAUUAUCUUAUGAAAGCGGCAUAAUAUAUAUUUAAUUAGUGAUGAAGUGUAUAGCUUUUUCACUUCUCUUUUGACUGUGUGCUAAUCUUAUAUAAUAGCAAUACUGCAUCCCUACCAAAUUAUAUAUGGACUUUUCUACUUAAAUCUAUAUAGUAUUUUUUCGAGUAAAAUAUAGUUAAUUUUUGUGCUAAUGUGAAACCGAUAAUUAGUUCCCUCACUUACGUUCGAUAUAGUUAGAAAGCACGAACCUAACUUUAUUUUCCACGAAACCAUAGAAAAAUCGUGCGUAUUAUGUAUUAAUAAUUGCUAACGGCGUUUGGAUAAAAAACUAUUUUACAAUUCUUCACAUGCUAGCAAGCGUAAAUAGAAAAUUCAAGUUUCCUGAUCCUCAUUACUGAAACGUGUAAUUAUUCAACACAAUAGUUGACUGAUUAACUUUGAACAAAUAGAGUCAUUCAAAUCUUAACUAACGUAUUGUAAUUUUUAUCGUUCGGUCAAUUAGAAAUUCAGACACUUUAUAUUAAUCAUUAAGAUCUAGGAAAGCUCAAUGAAAUUAACAAAAUAUGCGAGAGAUUCAGUUCAAAUAAUUGAUUUGGUUGAUACUAUAUUUGUUCUUAAAAGAGUUUAGUGAUGGUAACAUAAUCAAGUGAUGGAGAGUCAUCUUUCAGAUGUUAGGUUAAACUAGAAUUAUCUUCCUAAUGUAUACUUUCCUUAUUUGCUAGUAGAGUUAGUUCUCUUGUGUUCUGGAUAAAAAAAAGUUACACAAAAUAUUAUUUUUUAAAUCAAAAUUUUUAAAUAUUAACUUUAGAUAAAAGAGAGAUUAUAGAUCUAAAUUCUAGAACUUCCACAAGCGAAAAAGUGUUUAUAUUCCCAUUCUAAAUAUUAGUGACCGAUGAUUCUUUGGUGAAAAAAAUACAUAGUUGAGGAUCUAGCGACUAAAAUGAACAGUGUUUUGAAAAAAUGAAAGUGGCCUUAGUUAGGCAAGAGUUGCUUAGAUUGGCGGGGAAAGAAAAGAAGGAGAAGAAAAGUAAGAGUAUUUUUGAGUUUGAUAAUAACAAAAGAAAAUUCCAAUGUAACUAAAAACUAAUAAUAAAACAGUUUCUUAAAAAGAUUUGGUUCCAAAAAAAAAUACUAUAAAGGGGAAAAGAGGUUGAAGAAAGAAAGUGUGAGCUAAAAGACCAAACAAAACAGAGAACUUGGAUGCUUAACCAAUGCUUUUUGGGGUCAGUUGAAAGUUUAAACCAACACACUAUUACAUGAGAUUUUGCUAAAUCUUCACCACCAUCCGAUUGUGUGCGUAGUCCACGUGUCUCCAUCCACACCGUUCGAUCUCCCAUAAAGAUUACCGGAUAAUAACAUCCCGGUUAUUAUGAUUUGCACGCUUUAUAUUUGAACAAUUGUUACUUUUGAAAAUUUGACAUUGUUUCUUGAAUUGAUAUAAAACUUCCCAAAAAUAAAAAUGCAAAGGAGUGAGGAGGAAUUUCGUGAUAAAACAUUCAAAUUUACUGAUAUGCUUUUGAGAAAGAGAUGCAUAAUUUGGUUUGAGCCACACCAAAACCUAAAGCGAACCGAACUUUAAGCUGUCAUAUGAAACUUUUUUACAUAUUGUUGAAAAGACAAAUAAAACAAACCGAAGAAAAUAUCAAUGAGUUUUUUUUUUAAAGAAUACAUAUUAUAUAAAAAGUACAAAUUAAAACUGAAAUUAAAUCGAAUCACUGGAAAAAAUCAUUACUAGACUUUGUAUCGCUGCAUGCUACGUACUGCUGUCUGCUGAUAUUUAACAUUUUCGGAUGAACGGUUAAACUAUUAUAUUAUUGUUUCACUAGCUACUGUGUUUUGGUGAACCAUAUUCCUUAUAAAUACAUGCACAAACCCACAUCUCCACUUAUAGCACCAACACAUUAAAACAACCUCUCUUCAUUUUCGUGUCUCUUCUUGUUCUGUUCCAAAACUAGACAAAUACUAAUGGGAGGUAACAGAUCAAAAAGUAGCAAGAGGUUCUCUCUCUUCAGCUUCUUUAAAACACGAAGAUCUCACAGAGUGGAAGUAGACGCCUCUUGGGACGACGUCGUUUACACUCGCAAAGCAAUGGCGAGUGACGAGGACAAACGAUAUUGGGUGGCUGAACCUGGUAUUGACCGCAAAGCUUCUGCCUUCAUCGCCAAGUUUCAUGCCACUCGUGUUUCUGAGUCUGAGCGCCAAACUCUCUCUCCUUACCAAUCCGAGAAGGCAUGCUGAUGAAUGAUGAUGAUCAAAGGUUGAUUGGAUUCUAUGUAGAUUGUUUUCUUUUUAUUUGAUGUGUCCUUUAUUAUGAGGGUGUAUUGAUUGUGUCUUAAUUGUAGUUAAUAAUGGAUCCUUUUUGGGGGUAAAAUAUUAAUAAUAUAUCUUUAUUUACAGUUA